AUGAAAGAAAUAGAUGAAGUAGCAUCUCCAAACUUUCAAUGGGCUAUCAUAGUUAAGCUGAACAAGUCAUCUGUAACAAAUGACCUCAAGAUUAAUGAUGAAGUCAACACAGAAGGCGGCAGCUCACCUUUAAUAGGUGGAAUGUGCAUAGGGAGAGCCGCCUACAGCAAAGCACUGAUAACGGCGCCGCUGAUGGAGGUAUUGCAACUUUUGCACAAUACUGAGGUUGGUUCUGGCUAUUGUAUGAAAUAA